UGUGACACUUUAGGUCUGUUUAUCGUAAUUGUGAGGGUGGUAUGGGUUGUAGAUAAUAAGCAUUUUUAUCUGGGAAGUGCGAAUAUGGAUUGGAGAUCUUUGACCCAAGUUAAAGAGUUAGGCGUCCUUGGUAUAAAUUGCAAAACAUUAUCUGAAGACUUUAUGAAAAUCUUUAAUGAAUAUUGGUAUCUUGGUAAUCAAACAGCCAAUAUUCCUAAGGAAUGGCCGAAGGAAUAUUCCACGAAUUUCAAUUUUGCUAACCCUAUGAUUGUGAAUAGUAGUGGAAAUAAUUUGCACGCAGUGGUUUCGAGCUCUCCACCGCCGUUGACGUCAGCCGGUCGGGUGGAUGAUUUGGAAUGCAUAUUGAAAACCAUAAAUGAUGCAAAAUCUUUUGUGUAUGUCGCAGUGAUGGACUACUAUCCGCUUAUAAUGUAUACCGAAAACAUGAGAUAUUGGCCUUUUAUCGAUGAUGCUUUGAGAAAAGUGGCUAUUGAAAAUAAAGUAAAAAUAAAAUUACUUAUUUCUUGGUGGCGUUAUUCAAGUAAAUCUGAAAACUAUUUUCUGAAAUCUUUAACAGAUCUAACCAAAUCCCUGAAAGGCGUCGAUAUACAGGUACGCCGAUUUAUUGUACCUAUAAACCAAGAUCAAUUGAAAAUACCACACAGCCGAGUUAAUCACAAUAAGUACAUGGUUACUGACAAUGCGGCAUAUAUUGGAACAUCAAAUUGGUCUGGAGACUACUUUACAGAUACGGCGGGUAUUGGCUUGUACCUGCAAUCAGUUAGCAAUAGUACGUCCGCCGCAGGUAUAAGAGAACAGCUCUUAGGUGUCUUUAGCAGGGAUUGGUAUAGUCCUUACGCUGGCAACACAUGAAUACAUAUACAUCUACGCAUAGAUC